AUGGCGGAACAGAUGCCAUGGGGCAGCAACUCCGGCUGCGAACUGCUGACGGAGAAGUGUCUGACUAAUGGCGUCACCCGGUACCCGGAAAUGUUUUGCAGAUCUCCAAGUAAUCUUAUGGAAUGCGCAUCGGAUCGUUUUGCCGUGGGGAAUUGUAGGAUUUAUCGCUUUGCAAGCCCUCUUCCCGCAACGUUUCAGUACUUCAGGAAUCCCAGACGCGGUGGGUUGUUUGGCGAGCUAAUGGACUACUGUCCCUUCAUUUUUUCGUAUGAAGGCACGCAGUGCAUUAAUGGUGACGCAGACGUUAUACGUGGAAGCCGCAUUGGCCCAAGAUCAAGGUGCUUAAAAACGAGAAGGCUGCGUGAUUCUUUUGGUUUCACUGGGGACGUGUGCGCCGAGGUGUCGUGCGACAACGAUACGGUGAGUGUGCGGUACCUUGGGGAUGACGUCUGGCAUGCAUGCCCAGAGGGCAAACGUAUCACACCAACUGGGUCGGUGUUCAGGGGCGGGAAGAUUGUGUGCCCGAGGCGUAUCGAAGUGUGUUAUGUCCACUAG